AUGAAGUUCACCGCUGCUGUCGCUCUCGCCGCCGUUGGCGUCUCUGCCGUCUACGUUCCUCCUAGCAACGUCACCGUUAUUACCGAGGUCGUUGACCAAUACGUCACCUACUGCCCCUAUGCUACCGAGAUCACCCACGGCAGCACGACCUACACCGUCACUGAGCCCACCACUCUGACCAUCAGCGACUGCCCCUGCACCAUCACCCGCCCCGUGACCGUCACCAGCAGCGUUCUCUGCCACACCUGUACAUCUUCAACUAACACGGAAUGCCUCAACAGCGGUGCCGCCGCCCCUACUGGUGCUCCCUCCGGCGCUCCCUCCGGUGGCAACGGUGGUUCUUACACCCCUCCUGCCUUCACCAACUCCACCAUCACCACUCCCACCCAGGCCCCUCCCGCCAGCGGCCCUGCCAGCACUGGUGGUGUUGUUCCUUCUGCUCCUCCCGCCGUCCCCACUGGCGGUGCCAACAAGGCCGUCCUCUCCGGCGCCGGCCUUGCCGGUAUCGUCGGUCUGGCCGCUUUCGUCCUGUAA